GUAUCUUCUCUCUUCUUUCUCCUCUCUUUGCUUCGUACGCGUACUGUCUUUCCGCUUCGCUCUGCUCUCCUCUGAACUUCACCGAUCUUUCUCUCUCAAGUGCAAAUCCUCAGCAAAUUCGAUGGCAAUGCAGGAAGGAAGUCCUGCCCAUGGCCCCAGUGCCCAAGUUGUUGGUAAUGCUUUUGUACAGCAGUAUUACCAUAUUCUUCAUCAAUCACCAGAAUUGGUGCAUAGGUUUUAUCAAGAUUUGAGUUUUCUGAGCAGGCCCAAUGUUAAUGGUGAUAUGACAACAGUGACAACAAUGCAAGCAAUUAAUGAGAAGAUUCUAUCACUGAACUAUGAAGACUAUACCGUGGAGAUUGAAACUGCAGAUGCACAAGAGUCUUAUGAGAAAGGGGUGAUUGUAGUGGUGACUGGGUGCUUAACUAGGAAGGAUAAUGUGAGAAAGAAAUUCACACAAACAUUCUUUCUAGCUCCACAAGACAAAGGUUAUUUUGUCUUCAAUGAUAUUUUUAGAUAUAUUGGGGAGAAUGAUCUGCGCAUCAAUUCUUUGCCAGCUAAUGGCAUUAUUGAGAAUACCUCAGCAUCUGCCUCAGCCCCAGAACCAGAGCCUGUUCAUGAUCAUCAUGCAGUGGAACCUGAAGCUUACCCUGAAGAGGAAGAUCUUGACAAUGGUGCUGAAGUUUGUGACCCUUCAGAUAAGGAGGAAGGAUCUGUUAUUGAAGAGGAGAUUGAUGAACCUCAAAACAAUGCUAGUAUGAAUGAUAGUCUUAUAGGUGCUGAUUCAGCUCCCGUAGUCCAGGAAGAUGCUCCAAAGCAAUCAUAUGCUUCAAUUCUCAAAGUAAUGAGAAGUAGCCCAGCAUCCACCCCAGUCUAUGUUCCUACCAAUAAUGUGAGAGUGGCAGCUUCAGAUCAACAGUCAUUUGCUUCUGUAAAACCUGCUGCAGCACCAGAGAUAUCAGUUCCUAGCAGUGAAAAUGCUCCUGACAGUGGAAAUGUUAACAAUGAAGCUGAAGGACACUCCAUAUAUGUACGGAAUUUGCCGUUCAAUGCAACACCAGCACAACUUGAGGAGGCAUUCAUAAAAUUUGGCCCAAUUAAGCGCAAUGGCAUCCAAGUCAGAAGUAAUAAGCAAGGAUUCACUUUUGGCUUUGUCGAAUUUGAGAUGUCUAGUUCUGUACAGGGUGCACUUGAGGAUUCACCAAUAACAAUUGGGGAUCGUCAAGCUUUUGUUGAAGAAAAGAGGACAAACACUCGAGUUGGCACCAGCGGUGGUGGCAGUGGCAGUGGCAGAGGGGGAAGGUAUUCUUCUGGAAAAGGUGGAUUCCGUAGUGACAGUUUCAGGGGUCGUAGUGGGAACUACGGAGGUGGCCGAGGUUAUGGCAGGAGUAAUGAAUUCAGAAACCAGGGAGAGUUUUCUGGUCGACCAAAGGGUGGACGCAACGCUGGCAACUAUCAGCGGGCUAAUCAGGACGAAAGUGGAAGGAGUGGUGGGCGCCAAGGUGGUGCCAGAGUUUAAGUUUAGUUAGUUUAGUUAGUUUUUGUCUGAACAACAGCUAAUCAAAUGAUUUUUUUUCCUAAACGGUAUAAAUGAGGGGUAUCAGAGAAGUUAGAAAUUCAAGUUUUUGAUUUUUAUUAUAAUUCCAACUAUGUAUAAGGAGUUUGAUGCAAGUAUGUGUUUUUUAAUAAAAAAUUUUAAUUAAC